UGGGAUUGCACCCCCUAUCCAAGAUGGCAACUGCAGCGAGUCAAAAGCAGGUCUCCAAGAAGCGUAAGUUCGUCGCCGAUGGCGUGUUCUAUGCGGAGCUUAAUGAACUUCUCACUACUAUCCUUGCUGAAGAUGGUUACUCUGGUGUCGAGGUCCGUGUGACUCCUAUCAAGACUGAGAUUAUCAUCCGUGCUACUAGAACUCGUGAGGUCCUUGGUGAGAAGGGUCGUAGGAUUAGAGAGCUCACUGCUCUUGUUGAGAGACGUUUCGAUUUCCCUGAGAACUCCGUCGAGCUCUUUGCUGAGCGUGUCGAUAAUCGUGCUCUCUGUGCCCAGGCUCAAGCUGAAUCACUUCGUUACAAGCUAUUGGGUGGUCUUCCUGUUCGUAGGGCUGCUUAUGGUGUAUUAAGGUUUGUUAUGGAGAAUGGUGCUAAGGGUGUUGAGGUUACUGUAUCUGGUAAACUACGUGCCCAACGUGCUAAGGUUAUGAAGUUUGCUGAUGGUUAUCUCCUAUCUACUGGUACUCCUAAGGAGAUGUAUGUUGAUCAAGCUAUUCGUAAUGUCGAUAUGCGUCAGGGUAUUCUUGGUAUCAGAGUUAAGAUUAUGAUGGCUUAUGAUCCUGAGGGUAAGAGUGGUCCCAAGACUCGUCUACCUGAUGAUAUCACCAUUCAUGAGCCUAAGGAGGAUACCGUCUUCCCUAUCGAGGCUACUACCACCGAGGAGGAAGUGCCAGCAGCAGCAGCAGCUCCUGAGGCCGUUGUGGCUGAGGAGCAGCAACAGCCUGCUGCUGCUGUGGAGAUCACCGCUUAAGUAGCUGAUGCUUUGGUUAUGAUGAUGAUGAACGAUUACAUAGUUGAUGACGAGCCGCUACUUGCUAUCCUGCUUCGG